CCGUACACCGGUCGUCGCGGUUCAGGUGCGUUGGCCCCGAGAGCUGUAGUGUAGCAGCUGGAGUGCGCGCCAAAAUAUAACGAAAAWAUAUUACUCUACAUCACGACAAACGGUUCGCGAGUGCGUGCACACAGUAGGUAUUGUAUUGUAGUUGUCACGGKGGCGUUUUGUCGCGACUUCCGUUUUUAUAGCACCAAUAACACUAUUAAAUAACAUUGUAGUCGAAUAACAAAAUAAUUGCAAGCGUUCCGCCGCCGGUGACGGGUGACACGCUCUCCGCGUGACRUUUACUGCAACGUCCGUUUUGGUGGURGCGUUGGCGGUGAUGUGGUAUAGAGGUGCUUGCCGUGCGCACAUGAUUCGCGCGGUCACCGUCUCGUAGGCGAGCAGCGGAUCAGUACGMGUGYUCCAUAUAUUGUCGCCGUCCUCUCCGCAGUCGUCCGCGGACAACCGGUCUUCGCGGCAGUAUUUUCCGCACGCCCGCAAGUUUGCAGUCACGCCCGUUCGUCAACGCCACUGUCGCAGCAGCGUCAUGCCGUUGGUCACGUACUCGAGGUCUUUGGUCUCGCUGGUGGUGAUCGUCGCUGUCACUACCAUAUGGCCGUCCGCCGAGUCGUACCAUGUAGACAAGUACUCGCUGCUCAUGCCCAACGUCCGGCCCAAAAAGAUGGACUUGUAUUUGUGCACUCCUAUUCGGAUAGACCCAAACAAGUCUUACUUUAUUGUCGGUUUCGAGCCUAAAGCCCAUGGUCAUACAUCACAUCAUAUGUUACUUUAUGGGUGUUCAGAACCAGGAAGUGAAGAUCCCGUUUGGAAUUGUGGAGAAAUGCAAAUGGAAUCAAGUAAACAUAAGUCGUACAUGCAUUCCAAACCAUGUAAAUCAGGAUCCAAUAUUAUGUACGCYUGGGCUCGUGAUGCACCAACUUUAAAACUUCCAAAUGGCGUUGGGUUUAAAGUCGGUGGCGAUUCGCAGAUCAAUUAUUUAGUUUUACAGGUUCACUACCACAGGAUGUUUGAAGGUUAGUAUUAUAAAUAUAAAUAUGACGUACAUAACCCAAUUGUAAUCAUCUCUCAACUUUGUUUGUUUGCAUUACUCGAUCAUAUAGUUGAGUAUGAAUUAAAUAAACAAGCUGGAGUAUACUUACUAGCUACAAACGGUAGAAUACCCCCGAACUCUAUCGAACACAUGGAAACAUCGUGUCCUCUCUUCGAGGUUGGGAAAGUCAUACACCCGUUCGCAUACAGGGUCCACACCCACGAACUUGGUAAAGUCGUAGCAGGUUACAGAGUAAAGAAUAUUAACAAAGAAGAACAAAAAUGGGAUCUGCUAGGAAAAAGGGAUCCCAUGACUCCACAAAUGUUUUAUCCAAUCGAGAACAAUAUUACCGUCGAGUCUGGUGAUAUAUUGGCUGCCAGGUGCACAAUGGAAAGCAGACGAAACACCGUUACAAGAAUCGGAGCGACUAGUGACGACGAAAUGUGCAAUUUUUACGUCAUGUACUGGGUAGAGGGCACAGAACCUCUAGAACAACAGCUCUGCGUAUCAGAAGGAUCUCCGCGGUAUUAUUGGGACAGCGAUCCGUAUCUGACGAACAUACCUGACGAAGAAGCAUCGAUAUUGUAAUAAGACGAAAAAAAAAA